GCUGUGCUGCACCGAGCAGCUUCUCACCUCUGACUGCAUCCCAUCUCCACCUUCCCAUCUCUCCACUUGUCCCGCGUAAGGAUGGAUGCGUUUUCCCGCGGUCGGUGUGACCCGGUAAAGUGUGAGAAGAACACGGUCGGUGGUGGAAACCGCCAGUAACUGGAGUGUCUUUGGGCGUCGGUGAUGUGUUUUUUUUUUUUACAAUUGUUGACUGCAGAAAUUUCCGACUCGCCGUUCUCUGGUGCGCUCUUGGAGAGGAAGAAUGGGCAUGUGAAUGAUCUCCUUCAGCGGCUCGAAUAACCGAUUCGGUUCUUCUUAGUUCACUAACUUGAGUAAAUUGUCUCAAAGUCACACGAGUGGAGACAGGAUUCAUUGAUUCAUUGAUUGUUCGUUUUCGCUUGAGGAGGAAUUCAUGCAUCGAUAGCCAACGGGGCCAAUAUGCCAGAAUGGGUCCUCUACAGUAUUUAUUUCUCUGCGGACUUCUGUACACCCAAACCGACGGGUCUCGUCUUCGCCAGGAAGACUUCACUCCCCGCAUUGUGGAGCACCCCUCUGACCUCAUUGUGUCCAAAGGGGAACCAGCCACUCUCAACUGUAAGGCCGAGGGCCGCCCGACCCCCACGGUGGAAUGGUACAAAGACGGCGAGCGCGUUGAGACGGACCGCGACAACCCCCGAUCCCACCGUAUGCUGCUGCCCAGCGGCUCCCUCUUCUUCCUGCGUAUCAUCCACGGGCGACGGAGCAAGCCCGACGACGGCAGCUACGUGUGCGUGGCCCGAAACUAUCUGGGAGAGGCCGUAAGCCGGAACGCAUCUCUUGAAGUAGCAUUGUUACGCGACGACUUCAGGCAGAACCCACAGGAUGUGGUGGUGGCGGUCGGGGAGACGGCCAUUCUCGAGUGUCAGUCUCCACGAGGGCACCCUGAACCCACCACCUUCUGGAGGAAAGAUAAAACUCGUCUUGACCUCAAAGAUGACAGGAUCACGGUGCGAGGAGGAAAGCUGACCAUUUCAAAUACAAAGAAGAGUGAUGUGGGGAUAUAUGUGUGUGUGGCGGCAAACAUGGUCGGGGAAAGAGAGAGUGAAAAAGCUCAGCUCUCUGUGUUUGAAAGGCCCGUGUUUGUGCAACGACCUGUGAACCAGGUAGUCUUAGUUGACGAGGCUGUAGAGUUCAGAUGUCAGGUUCGCGGUGACCCACCUCCCACUCUGCGCUGGAAAAAGGAGGACGUGGAAAUUCCCCGCGGCAGGUACGACAUCCGAUAUGAAAAGGAAGACCUCCUGCUGAAGAUAAAGAAAGCAUCCGUCAGUGAUCAGGGCACGUUCACCUGCCUCGCAGAGAACCGUGUUGGUAAAGUGGAGGCCUCUGCCUACCUGACCAUCAGAGCUCGCCCCGUCGAGGCACCCCAGUUUGUGGUGAGACCCCGGGACCAGAUUGUAGCGCAGGGACGAACCGCUACCUUUCCUUGCGAGACCAGGGGCAAACCUCAGCCGACUGUCUUCUGGCAACAAGAGGGUAGCCAGGAUCUUCUGUUUCCCAACGAGCCAACUCAGGGAGAAAGCCGUGUUUCUGUGUCCAUGACUGGAGAGUUGACCAUUUCAUCUGUGCAGCGCUCAGACGCAGGGUAUUAUAUCUGCCAGGCCCUCACUGUAGCAGGCAGCAUCAUGGCCAAGGCUCAGCUUGAGGUAGCAGACGCCCUGAAGGACCGCCCUCCACCCAUCAUCCGACAAGGCCCAUCCAACCAAACGCAGGCGGUGGGGGGUGUUUCCCUCCUGAGGUGUCAGGCCUCAGGGGACCCCGAGCCCACAGUCACCUGGAGAAAGAAUGGCGCCAGUCUGCUUGGGAAGGACCCAAGAUUUUCCCUGCUGGAGCAUGGGAGCCUUCAGAUCCAGAAUACCAGGCUGUCUGAUUUGGGGUUGUACACCUGUGUGGCCACCAGCUCCAGUGGAGAGACAUCAUGGAGUGCAUACUUGGAUGUCACAGACUCCACUGAGCUCUCAGACUUCAUGUCUCACAACGCCACCGCCCUCCCAGGCCCACCCUCCAAGCCAGAGGUCACCGAUGUUACCAAGAGCAGUAUCUCAUUGUCAUGGGAACCGGGGCCAGAGGCGGGCUCCCCACUGUCCUCCUAUGUCAUCGAGGCCUUCGGUCAGUCAGUGAGUAACAGCUGGCAGACAGUGGCAGACCAUGUGAAGACCACCGAGUUCACAGUGAAGGACCUCCGACCCAACACCGUCUACCUGUUCAUCAUCAGGGCAGUCAACGCUCAAGGGCUCGGGGACCCCAGCCCCAUGUCUGAGCCUGUCAGGACUCAAGACAUCAGUCCCACGGCACAGGGAGUGGACCACCGUCGCGUGCAGAAGGAGUUAGGAGACGUGGUGGUCAGCAUGCAUAACCCUGUGGUCCUUAGUUCCACUUCAGUGCAGGUCACAUGGACCGUGGAGAAUCCAUCCCAGUUCAUUCAAGGCUACCGUGUCCUGUUCCGGCAGACGUCAGGGCUGCCCUCCCCCGGGCCCUGGCAGAUACAGGACUUGAAGGUCGCCUCGGAGAGGGACAUAACUCUCUCCGCUCUGAAGAAAGGCAUCGUGUACGAGAUUAAAGUGCGGCCGUACUUCAAUGAGUUCCAGGGUGCAGACAGUGAAUCCAUGACGGCACGCACCAUGGAGGAAGCACCUGGUGCGCCUCCGCAGCUAGUGACAGUGUUGACAGUCGGGAGCCACAAUAGCACGUCCAUCAGCGUGUCAUGGGACCCUCCUCCCUCCGACGAGCAGAACGGCAUCAUCCAGGAGUACAAGAUCUGGUGUCUGGCCAACGAAACCCGCUUUCAUGUCAAUAAGUCUGUGGACGCAACCAUCCGUUCAGUGGUGGUUGGGGGGCUGCAGAGCGGAGUACAGUACCAUGUGGAGGUGGCUGCCGGCACCAGCGCAGGGGUGGGGGUCAAGAGCAAACCCCAGCUCAUCAUCUUGGGUGGAGAACUGAGGGACGUUAUGACGGGAUCGGAGGGCAACAAUAGCAUCUCAGACGUGGUGAAGCAGCCGGCCUUCAUCGCCGGUUUGGGGGGGGCCUGCUGGAUCGUCCUCAUGGGCUUCAGCGCCUGGCUGUACUGGAGGAGGAAGAAGAGGAAGGGACUCAGCAACUAUGCAGUUCAGUCCUUCACCUUCACUCGUGCAGUCACAUUCCAAAGAGACAGAGGCCUCAUCAGAAAUGGAAGCCGACCAGGGCUGCUGAAAGCGGGGGACCAAGGCCUCCCCUGGUUGGCUGACUCCUGGCCCUCCACUAGCCUCCCAGCUAACGGCUUAGGGAGUCCCAAGGGCGGAAGCAACUUUGGCCGAGGAGAUGUUUUACCAUCCGCCGCCGUGGAGAAGACUGGCACCAUGCUGUCUGAUGGUGCCAUCUAUAGCAGUAUUGACUUCAUGGGGAAGGCAGGGUACAGCAGCCCGGCGCGAGGCAUCCAGCCCACCCCCUACGCCACCACUCAGAUACUCCAGUCCAACAGCUUCCACGAGCUGGCUGUGGACCGACCUGAUCCCCGCUGGAAGGCUUCUCUCCAAGCCCAGCAGGAAAUGGCAAACCUCGGCUACUCGCUGACUGACAGGCGCCCUGGCAAUGGUGCAAAGGUCGGGAAAAAAAAGAAGGUGAAGGGUGGGACAAAGGCCUCUAAAUCAAAUGGGACGUGCUGGGCGAACAUGCCCCUGCCUCCACCACCCAUGCACCCCCUCCCUGGUACCGAGGUUGACCUUGAGCGCUACCCCCAGGAUAACCACGGAGGAGGAUAUGACAGCAACAGUUGGGCCCCUCCAAUGUCUGUCCAGACCUUCCGCCACCAGGGUUUGGACAACGAGGAGGAGGAUGACAUAGGUCCCACCCCCCCGCUGAGAGGAAGAUCUUCCUCGCCAGCGACAGCUUCCUUCAGCCAACCCUCGUCUUCCUCUCUCAGCUCUACCCACCACGACGAAAUGCAAUCCAUUUUGCAGGCCCAUCUGGAUGAGCUGACCAGAGCUUACCAAUACGAGGUGGCCAAGCAGUCAUGGCACAUGAAGGGCAGUCCAAACGUGUCCACCACCCCCGUCCCUCCGAUGGACUUCAUGUCCAGCACACUGGGCUCAGAUCUGGGAGCGACUCUACUUUCUGAAGAAGACGAGGAUAUGGAGGAGGAGGAAAGAUAUGCUAUGGUGUCAAAGAAUUUGUGUGGCUUUGAGUACACUCCUGGUCACAGCGUGGAUCAUCUUGACGGCUCAGGUCAAAGCUCUCAGAAGUGUCGCUCUGACAGCUCCGGCUCAGCAGACCCCGGCGCACAGAGCACUCACAGCCUCGGCCACAAGAGGGCAACGUUGACUGGCCUCAAACCACAGACUGGCAAGGUUGGGACUCUGCCAAGACGAAGAGACACCAACAAAGACGCCCACACACCGGCCGCAAAUUCCCUGCACAGUGUGGGUUCCCGCAUGCACAGCUCGUGGGCAGCUGCGGCCUCAGACCCCUCUGAGGAGUGCAUGGUGACCGUGUCGACGCUAGAGCGGCAGCAUAUGGCUUCCUGGAGCGGCACAACAACAUCCAACAGGGCCACCCUGAGUAGGGGCUCCCACAAGAGACCUGGCACAGAUCCCUCCCACAACGGGCAUCCGUCCACCAACAGCACAGAGAAAAGGGAACACUAGUCUUUGUGAAGCAUCAUACCCUGCAGAUGCUCCCGGGUCCCAGGACACCUUGUUUGUAAGCGUCAUGAGAUUUUCUCUCUGCGACGAGACACUGAAUGAUGUUAGGAAGGACGGAGAGGAGACAGAAUGAAGACAAAAGGAACAGAGAGCGCGAUAAAAAUGCAGAGCUGUAAAUGUCAUGUACAGACACAGACACCAGUCUCACAGUGUUACUUUCAUCCCCCUCUUCAAAAGAGUAAAACCGUAUGUUGUAUGUCCGCUUCUUCUUUUUUCUGUCACAGCGUGUACAAAGAUUCACAGAGUGGAGAUGAAGAAAAAUCACAACAAAAUGACUAAUAUGAAAAAGGACUUGCAUAAUUUGUAAAUAUAUUUUUUUAUGUUUUUUUUUCUCUCUUUUCUUUUGCUUCGCUAUGCAAGCCAAACCCAAUGUUGUAUCUUUUGUGAUUUAUUACUGUGAAUGAUUUUCAUUAAUGCUCAAACUGUUAGCUUAUUUUAAUGAAGCUACUGUAUCGUUGUACUUUGCACAGAGCGUUUUGGUGAAAAUAAGCACAAACCCAUUGUCAGCUGAGCUGAGGAGGAGAAUCAUAAUGGCAGAGAGGGACGUCUAUGAUAAACAGAACCGAAAACAGAAGAUAUAUACUUGGCUGCGCUAUACUUGUUUUAAAGAAACACAUAUAUUGAGAAGGAACAAAACACAGGUAAAUACUUGGAAAUAAUAUGCCAAUAUAUCACUUAUCGCUGGGAGAUUAUUAUGCAUCAUACCUAUAAUGGUUCUCAACAAAUGUUUACCAGUUUAUUGGGAACAAAGCAACACAAUGUUGCGAUUUUAAAAGCAAAGACAUAGGAACAUAGGGUAAGCGUCUCUGCCAUUCACAAGAGUAUGUUAAUCAAAAUAUAUAUGCAUUUGUUUUGCUAAUUAUUUUCCAAUUACAUACAGUGACAUAUUGAGUGCAAUAUUGAAUGGGCAAUGGGGCAGUAAAUAGGGAAAUAUCCAGGCCAAAAGGCCCUCGAGAAUAAUGAGAUGCAGAAUUUAACAAUAAGUAUAUAUGAAUUUAAAGAUGACUUGACCAACUGCCAAAAAACAUUUUCCAGUUUUAAAGUCUAGCCAAUUAGCAUUUUUCUGCCAACGAGAUUCACAAUGCGACGUCUUGCCACAUGUUUGGAUGGUUUUUGUUUUGAUCAUUGUUCUGGUAAUGACUACUCUUUCAAGAAUCUUUACCUGCCAUAUUGGUUUGCCCUCAGGAAUAAGCAGCCACAUACAUUUGGGCAGUUUUUCAAUCCUUUGAUGCAAAAUAAAAUGUG